AUGGCGACUAAUGGAAAUGUUGUUAAUAUCACUUUCGAUGAUCCAAUACUGUCAGCAAAAGUUGUUUUAGAUAAUAACACUAGUAAAAUUAUAAUUUUGGAUGAACUGGAAGCAGUUCUGUUAAACAAAAAUAAUUAUAGAAAGAUAAGAAAUAAAUUAGCGAGAAAAAGUUCUAUUGCAAUUUACAAGAAGAACCAAUCGUAUAAUGCAAUCGAAAAGAAUCAAGGAAAUGAAAAUCAAGUUUUGGACCCUAAUUUUCAGCAAUUGAACACAUCAGAAAUAAUGAUUGAAGAAAGUGUAGCUCAAAGCUCUAGCUUUGAUAUAGAUGAAGACAAUGCAAUUAAAGAAUCAAACCUUUUAGAUGAUACAGGCGCUCAAGAGAAUGAAGCACAAGUUUUGAAAUCUAAAGUUCAGGAAUCAUUACAAUAUGAUAACUCACUAUCUGAUGAGUAUUCAGAUUUGGCCGAAGAAGCUAAAGAACAAAGAUUUGACACAUUAACUUCAAUUUUGAUGAAAAGUGACUCUAUCAAUAAUGCUUCAAAUAAAAUUAAGAAAAAUAAAACAAAAACUAAUAAGAUGAAUAAAUAUACAUUAACAUCAUAUAAGCGCAUUUCUUCAGAUUUGACAAAUAAUUCUUUACCAAGCAUUAGUGAAAUAUUGCCACCUCUAAUUCAAAAUGAUAUCGAAAAGGAUAGUGAUAGGAAUGAUGUGCAAGCAAUUUCAUCAAUUAUCAACAGUCAAAAAAAUCUACUAUCAAAUAAUAAUCAGCGUAAGCCUGAAACGGAAUUGAAAAUACAUCUUCGUACUUAG